GGGGGGGAGUAGACCAGACCGUUUUGAAAUACAUUCCACGUACCGUUGGUCCAUAUAUCGAGGCAUUGGGUCGACUGGACAGCUGUUAAUAAAAUCCUGGUUUUUGGGGUCGUCUUGAGUCGAUCAACGGGAUCCAUAGACUAUGCUUUUUGACGUGCGUGGCUUGAAUGUCUUGACUUACUCAAGAAUGUUGACAGUUCUGGUGUUGGCUUUAUUCAGCGUCCAGUCUGGAAAUGGUCAGACCUGCACAGAGGGGUUCGCCUAUGACCGCAGAGCGAGAGUAUGUGUUGACAUUGACGAGUGUCGUACGGUACCGGACGCCUGCAGAGGGGACAUGCAGUGUGUGAACCAGAACGGCGGCUAUCUCUGCGUCCCCCGGGGGCUGUACAGCCAGCCUAGCUACCCCCGGGGUGGUGGUGGAGGGUCCCCAUACCCUUACCCUCUGCCACCCCCUCCUGGCCCCGUGGCACCCAGCUACCCCAUCGUAAGCCGCUCCGCCCCCUGCCUCCUGGGAUACGCCCUGGCAGAAGAUGGGACCUGUCAUGACAUUGAUGAGUGUGAGACAGACUCCCACCAGUGUAACCCCACCCAGGUGUGUAUCAACACAGUCGGAGGAUAUACCUGCUCCUGUACCGAGGGCUACUGGCUGGUCGGGGGACAGUGUCAGGACAUUGAUGAGUGCCGCUAUGGGUACUGCCAGCAGCUGUGUGCCAACGUGCCAGGCUCCUACUCCUGCUCCUGUAACCCUGGCUUCCUCCUCAACCCUGACAGCAGGACCUGCCAAGAUGUGGAUGAGUGCGAGGAUAAACCGUGUACCCACGGCUGUUUCAACACCUAUGGCUCCUACAUGUGUAACUGUGAUCAGGGAUUUGAGCUGGCUUCUGAUGGGACCAGCUGCCAUGACCUGGACGAGUGUGGUUUCUCUGAGUUUCUGUGUCAACAUCACUGUGUGAACACCCCCGGCUCCUUCCAGUGUCACUGCCCAGGAGGAUACUACCUUUAUGAGGAUGGGAGGAGCUGUGAAGAUAUCAAUGAAUGUGAGACUGGUAACAACACGUGUACAACAGCACAAGUAUGUUUCAAUUUCCAGGGAGGCUAUACAUGCUUGGAUCCGCUAAAAUGUGAUCCACCGUACGUUGAACUCGGUGACAAUCAGUGUAUGUGUAGUGCUGUGAACCCAGCUUGUAGAGACAGGCCCUUCACCAUCCUGUACCGCCACAUGGACCUGUCCUCAGGCCGCAGUGUCCCAGCAGACAUCUUCCAGAUGCAGGCCACCACGCGAUACCCCGGAGCUUUCUAUAUCUUCCAGAUCAAAGGACCGGGCAACGAGGGAGGAGAGUUCUACAUGAGGCAAACCAGCAACGUGAGUGCCACUCUGGUCCUGUCUCGGCCCAUCAAGGGUCCCAGGGAGCUGGUCCUGGACCUGGAGAUGGUAACCGUUAACAACGUCAUCAACUUCAGAGGCAGCAGCAUCAUACGGCUCACGAUAUACGUGUCAGAGCGUCCUUACUGAGGCCCCUCCCCCUUGACCAAUCACCACGUCCUGUCUUCCUCUCACAGCCCUAAGGAUACCAUCCCAGAAUCCUUAACUCUCCAAAUCUACCAAUCUACCAUCUCUCCUCAGGCAGCUCUGUUCCUCUUCUCUGUUCUCUAGAUGUGAUGCUGUCUGUCUCCUCUUCUCUCUGUUCUCUAGAUGUGAUG